AUGGCAGCAGACCGCGAAAUAGCGGCUGAAGACAGCAUUAGAGUCGUAUGCCGAUUUCGUCCACUCAAUGACUCCGAAGAAAAAGCUGGUUCGAAAUUUAUUGUGAAAUUUCCUUCAGGACCUGACGAUAAUUGCAUUUCAAUAGGGGGUAAAGUAUAUCUGUUUGACAAAGUAUUUAAGCCCAAUGCAACACAAGAGAAAGUCUAUAAUGAAGCCGCAAAAAGCAUUGUAUCAGAUGUUCUUGCUGGAUACAAUGGUACUAUAUUUGCCUAUGGUCAGACUAGCUCUGGAAAAACACAUACAAUGGAGGGUGUCAUAGGAGACCCAGGUAAACAGGGUAUCAUUCCAAGGAUAGUCAGUGACAUUUUCAAUCAUAUUUAUGCAAUGGAAGAAAAUCUUGAAUUCCACAUAAAAGUUUCAUAUUUUGAAAUCUAUAUGGACAAAAUCAGAGACUUAUUAGAUGUUUCAAAGGUAAACCUAAGUGUGCACGAAGAUAAGAAUAGAGUUCCAUUUGUAAAAGGUGCUACUGAACGGUUUGUUUCAAGUCCAGAAGAAGUUUUUGAAGUUAUUGAAGAGGGCAAAUCUAAUAGACACAUUGCCGUUACAAAUAUGAAUGAACAUUCAUCUAGAUCUCAUUCAGUGUUCCUGAUUAAUGUAAAACAAGAAAAUUUAGAAAAUCAAAAGAAAUUGUCAGGAAAACUAUAUCUUGUGGACUUGGCUGGUUCAGAAAAGGUGUCUAAAACUGGUGCUGAAGGUACGGUGCUUGAUGAAGCAAAGAAUAUUAAUAAGUCUCUGUCAGCCUUGGGUAAUGUCAUAUCGGCUCUAGCUGAUGGAAAUAAGUCCCACAUUCCCUACAGAGAUUCAAAACUGACACGUAUCUUGCAAGAAUCUCUUGGAGGUAAUGCUCGUACAACCAUUGUCAUUUGUUGCUCUCCGGCAUCUUUCAACGAAAGUGAAACUAAAAGUACUCUGGACUUUGGUAAAAGGGCGAAAACCGUCAAGAAUGUUGUUUGUGUCAAUGAAGAACUCACAGCUGAAGAAUGGAAACGACGCUAUGAAAGGGAGAAGGAGAAAGUGGGUCGGCUUAAAGGAAAGGUUGAGAAACUGGAGGCUGAAAUCAGUAGAUGGAGAUCUGGUGAAACAGUGCGCCCUGAAGAGCAGGUCAACCUGGUUGAAAUUGAAGCUGCAACCCCAGUCACAUCCUUCAUUGAAGAAAAACCUCCUGUGCCACCAGUGCCAGUAGCUGUAGCCAGUGUUGUGGAAGAUGCAGCGAUGCAGGGCAAGCUUGAAGCACUUUAUCAACAACUGGACGACAAGGAUGAAGAAAUCAACCAGCAUACACAGAUGAUUGAAAAGCUUAAGGAACAAAUCAUGGAGCAAGAAGAGCUCAUCGCUUGCACAAGACGCGAUUACGAAACUCUGCAAGGAGACAUGAACCGAAGCCAACAAGAGAACGAGGCUUCCAAGGAAGAAGUGAAGGAAGUCCUUCAGGCCCUGGAAGAGCUGGCAGUGAACUACGAUCAGAAGUCGCAAGAGGUAGACAGCAAGAGCCGCGAAUGUGACCAACUUUCGGAAGAGCUACAGGCAAAACAGAGCGCCCUCGCAACCGCAACAGGUGAACUUCAGCAGCUACGCGACCUGUCUGCCCAUCAACGCAAGCGCAUCGCAGAGCUUCUUACGAAUCUUCUACGAGACUUGUCAGAGAUCGGAGCUGCCGUGGGUGGUUCUGAGUUGGACUUCAAGUUGAACGUGGAUACAGUCGGAAAGCUUGAAGAGGAGUUCACAGUUGCUCGUCUCCAUAUCAGCAAGAUGAAGAGUGAAGUGAAGAAUAUUGUGCAACGAUGCCAUUCACUCGAAACGGCGAAUAUCGACGCCAAUCAGAAGAUUGAAGAGUACGAGCGAACACUAGGUGAGUGCCGACUGCUGAUAUCUCAGCACGAGGCAAGAUGCGCAUCUCUAGCUGAGUCUAUGAGGGAAGCAGAGAACAAGAAGAGACAGUUGGAGGAGGCUGCGGAUGCUUUGAGAGAAGAGUGUGCGCGUUUACAGGCGGCAGAGCGCGUCCAGCAGGCAGCGGCAGAACAACGCGCCGACACACAAGUCCGCGCUGCGCUGGAAGCUCAGUUGGAACAGCUGCGGACUUCACACGCCUCGCAGCUCGCAGCCCUUCGGGACGAGCUGGCUGCUUUGCAGAGACAGCACCAGGACCUCAAGGAUACCCACCAGGAGUUGAGCCUGGCCAGGCAGCAGCUCCAAGACGAUUACGAGAAGCUGAAGCGCGAGGAGACGGACAAGUCCGCCAAACUCAAAGAGCUCAUUCAAAGCGUGGAGCGUCGCGAACAAGCCCGCGCCGAUCUCAAGGGCUUGGAAGACACCGUGGCUAAGGAAUUGCAGACUUUGCACAACCUACGGAAACUAUUCGUUCAAGACUUGCAGGCAAGGAUAAAGAAAUCUACAAACUCAGAGGAAGGCGCGGAGGAAGAGGGAGGCUCCUUGGCUCAGAAACAGAAGAUCUCGUUCUUGGAGAACAACUUGGAGCAACUCACCAAGGUGCACAAGCAGUUGGUGCGCGACAACGCCGACCUGCGCUGCGAACUGCCCAAGCUGGAGAAGAGGCUCCGAGCCACCAUGGAGAGGGUCAAGGCGCUCGAAACCGCGCUCAAGGAGGCUAAAGAAGGCGCUAUGCGUGACCGUAAGAGAUACCAGUUCGAGGUGGACAGAAUCAAGGAAGCCGUACGUGCCAAGAACCUCGCGCGAAGGGGCGUGCAAGCACAAAUUGCCAAACCUAUCCGCGCUGGCGGCGGGCAUUUGCCGGGUGGAGGUGUGGUGCGGCCUGCGCCUGCGCAGGACAUCAAACGGAAGUCCAUCAUUGUUGGCGCUAGAGGUACGCUUUUACAUAUACAGUAA